GUCUCUGUCUCCAAGGGUGGGGGCCAGUGGCAGUUAGGGGAGGAAAGCCAAGACACAGUGAACGCAGGAUAGAUAAUUUUUCUGCAUUUCGCCUGAUUUGUGCUUAGAAAGCUCUGCAACGAAGAUGGAGAUCCGGAGCAUGCACAUUCACACCAGGGUCUCAUCGCGUUUUGCUCGGACCUUUAUAACCACUGUCAUCAAAAACAUAUUUAAUUCCUCCCAAGAAGCCAUUUUUGAAAUGGAGCUGCCAAAAACAGCAUUUAUCACCAACUUCACCAUGAUCAUUGACAAUGUUACGCACGUUGGGAUUGUUAAAGAGAAGGCUGACGCGAAGAAAAAGUAUCAAACAGCUGUAUCCAGGGGGCAGAGCGCUGGCCUGGUCCAAUCUUCUGGACGCAAAAUGGAGAAUUUCAAAAUAUCAGUCAAUGUGGGACCUCUAUCUACAGCAACAUUUAAGUUGGUCUAUGAAGAGUUAUUGAAGCGGCAGCUCGGCAAAUAUGAAUUAUACUUGAGAAUUAGACCCAAACAACUUGUGGAAAACUUUCAGAUCAAUGUGGACAUCAUUGAACCACAAGGAAUCAGCUUCCUGACAGCCACAGGGACAUUUAUGACAAAUGAACUUUCUGAUAUGGUCAGACUAAAUCAGACAGAAACUAAGGCUAAUAUAGAAUUUAAACCAACCCUGCACCAGCAGCGCCGAUGUCCUGAUUGUGUGGAGACCCUUCUGGAUGGGGAUCUCAAGAUAACAUAUGAUGUCAAGAGAGAAGUUUCUGCUGGGAAAGUGCAGAUCGUCAAUGGAUAUUUUGUCCAUUACUUUGCCCCGACCAACCUUAAACGUUUACCGAAAAAUGUGCUGUUUGUCAUCGAUCACAGUGGGUCAAUGUACGGAAACAAAAUCAAACAGACUUAUGAAGCCUUUACAAAGAUACUGGAGGAUAUGCCAAAGGAGGAUUUCAUUGGAAUCCUAAUAUUUGAUGAUAAAGUUGAUAAUUGGAAGAAGACUCUUGUCAGAGCCACCCCGACCAACAUUAAAAAGGCAAAGGCAUUUGUAAAAAAGAUGACGGCAAGAGGAGGGACAGACAUCAAUAAAGCUCUGCUGACUGCAGCAAAAAUGCUCACAAAUGCCACCAUUAAUAAUGUGCUGGCUCCCAUGAGCAUCUCUAUGAUAUUAUUCCUUUCUGAUGGCGAACCCACAUCUGGAAUUACUGAUCACAAGAAGAUAAUAGACAAUGUGAAACGAUCUCUAGAUGGUCAGGCCACAUUGUACUGUUUGGGAUUUGGCAGCGGUGUCGACUUUAACUUUUUGGAGAAAUUAGCCUUAGAAAAUGGAGGACUGGCACGUCGCAUAUAUGAGGACUCAGAUUCUGCUCUGCAGUUACAGGGCUUCUACAAUGAAGUGGCAAACCCGAUGCUUUUGGAUAUUGAGCUGCAGUAUCUGGAUAAUUCAGUGGAUUAUGUGACCAAGAACAGCUUCAAGCAUUAUUACCAGGGCUCUGAAAUUAUCGUGGCUGGCCAUAUAUUGAAUAACAGUGUAGAGACUCUCACAGCGGAAGUCAAAGCCCAAGGCCUUUCUGAGCCGUUCUCUAUGACUGUGGAAGCUCCAGUACAGGAGGAGGACGAGGUGUCCAGGGAGCAGCGUUAUAUAUUCGGAGACUUUACAGAAAGACUGUGGGCUUAUCUGACCAUAGAACAGCUGCUAACCAAACAAAUUGCAGCUGAAGGCGAAGAUAAAGAGAACAUAACAAAGAAAGCUCUGGAUUUAUCUUUGAAAUAUCAUUUUGUGACACCAUUAACAUCGAUGGUAGUGACCCCAUCUGAGGAGAAUGAAUCAGAUAAGCUUGUUGCAAACAAGCCAAAAGAAGAGGGGCUCGAAGAAGCUGAGGAUGUAUUUGAGCGCCUUGAUGCUUCCAAUUCAGAUUUUGCAGAUUCCCACUAUUAUGGACACUACGACUUGGCGUAUGACGGUAUUGCUGAGCCGAUAAUGGCGACAGUUGUAUCGAAAGCAGGAGACCACGACAUGCAGGAAUAUUGGGAUCCUGACAGCAAUAUUGCCAAGUUGUUUACAGCGAGACCGCCAUCUUGUGAGAAAUUUCACAUUGUUUUAGACAAUCUGAAUGGUCCAGACAGAAUCUGUGUCAAAAUUACUGAGGCUCAGAAUGCUACUGUUAACUUGUUUUAUGAUGAAUUUACAGGUGUCACAGUCAACGGUAAACUGAAUGAAGAUGGUAGCAGUUUUGUGAGAUUUGGCUUGGAGAAUAAGAAAAUGCAUCUGAAGGCCAAUGUUAAUACAGACAAUAUUAUUGUAAUACAGGAUGAACAAGUCACUGUUUACAACUGGACGACAGCCAUUGAAAGUCAGUGGAUUCUGAAAACCAGUAGUAGUAAUCAAUUGAUUUUUCCUCUCAAUGUCGGAGCCAAUGCUACAAUUACCCUCAGUGGAAACUCACUGUACCAGUCCUUAUUUAUAGGAAGCCGAUACAUAGCUGUGAAUCACACCGUCGGGAUAAUUGGUCAAAUUAUUAAUACCAAUGUAAGAAUGAACUCAGAUUCCUUCAGCGUGGGCCCGAAGAUCAUCCCUGUUCACAGGGCGACAGGCUGUGAUUUCACACCACAUGGGGAGGAGCGGCGAGGUCACUGUCAGCAUGUCUACCUCAAGCCAGAUAACCUGUUUGGUGGAGCUGGGUACAUUGUAUCGAACAUAUUUACAAUUUCAUAGUAAUAAAGAAAAGAAGAAUCUUAUAAUAAUACAAUGUUGAAAAAAAUCUGUGGCAUGACAUUAAAUACAA